AUGACGCCAUCUGAACCCCUCGGCCCCGCCAUGGUGCUGCAGGGCGUUGCUGAUGCUCUACCCACCCAUGCCGAGGGUGACACCACCUCGCAUCUCAGCAGCUCUCUCGACUGCGUCGCCAUCUUUGUCCACGCCUGCUUGGUAAAUCUGGGGUUUCGCUUGCUGGGCUUUCACGAAGAUAAAAAUAUUGAAUUACAAUGCGCCAGUCUCGCCCCCCGUCUGCCUUCGGAGUGGAACAACUCGCUCAGCUCCCACGGUUUCGUCUACGCACAUAACCAGUCUGCCAUGCGCUUUGUGAUCCACGUCGACCGGCUGGGUGGCAAGAUCGAGAUCCGCGGCUUGGCCACUGGCGACGAGCGCAUCGCUCGCUUCGAUAUCACGGCUCGCGAUUUUGUCUCCUCUUCUGCUCUUCCACUACGUAUCCCCAAGUCGGACAGCGGCGAAGAACAGCGCGGCGAGCUUGUCCAGAAGCUCAGCUCCCUCUUCAUUUCAGAGGAACGCAUCCGAGACCUCGCCUCCCUCGUCAAAAUCUCUCUCAUCCAACGCCUCCUCCCCUCCCUCAACAAAGAAGGCUACACCGAAACCCGUCCCGAGCCCGCCCCCCGCCGUAUCUCCCCUCCUCGCCCAGGCAACGGUAACAACCCCCCCAACGAACCCUCCUACCUCCCCCCACCAGCCGCUCCCCACCCUUACCCAGCUCCCGACCCCCUCGCCUUACCCCCGCGCCAUCCCAUCCCAACCGCCGACUUCCCCCCUCCCGAUUUCGAAGACGAAUACGAAGUCAACCGUCCCCCGCGUGGCCCCGGCCACGGUCAGGGAGGUGCCGGGUUCGGCAGCAUCGGACACGACGACUUAUACCCCGCCGGUUUGGGCCCGCAUGAUCCCAUUCGUGGAUCGUUUACACCUGGGGGUGGGAUCGGGCCGGGGGGGUUGAGACGGCCAGGCGGUGGUGGAGGAGGUUUUGGGGGGAUGCACCCUACGUUUGACGAUCCGUUGUUUCGGGGUCCUGGGGGGAGAGGAGGAAGAGGUGGGGGCGAUGGGGAUGGAGAUGGAGAUGAUACGUUUGGGGGGCAGAUACCCCCUGGUGCGAGGUGGGAUCCGUUGGGGCCUGGGGGUCAGCCGAGGUUUGGAGGGGGUGGUCGGGGACGGGGCUUUGGUGGGGGGUUUGGAGGGUUUGGGAGUGGGGAUAUCAUUUGA